UUGUGUCCAGAUUUAGCAAAGGUGAAAGUCCUAACGUCCUGGUUUACCAGUGAAAAAAAAUCCAACGACCACUUACACAAAUCCACCAACCACUUACACGAGCCCACGACGUCUACCGGUGCCUCCUAAACAUCGAAGACAUCAAAUCCAACAGCCAUACUAUUUCCUCGUCUCCUCGUGAACAUAUUAAACCCAUCCCAUUGGCAAUCCAUCCUUAAACGCCAAAGUUUGCAAGUAUCACUAGACUCUAUAAAAAUUCAAUGUUCAAUUCCAAGAAGGAUAUUCUCCCCUGAGUACUUCCCCUCGUGCCGGGCCAUAAGCUCUUUAAAAAGAAACUUUCAAGGUCUAGCAACCCGCGAAUCUGCAAAGAGCCAACUAGUCAAGAAGUUCUUUGGAAGUCUAACAGUUCGGAAACUUGAGAAGUCCCCACGAGCGGAUGUGAAGAUUUCGGAAUUAAACGGAACGAUUGGCGACGCCGGUCUCGGGGGUGGCUUUUUCCCUAUCCGCACCCUUUCCUUGUUUCGGCACCUGCCUCGUUGGGCAUUUCGACUCAGACCUCGAAGAGGACCAGAAGACCUUGAAGAGGACCGGCCGAAAUGGAGGUGAUGUACCAGGCGAAUCUCGACGGAUUGCUGCAAGUACUCCAGCACCAAGCGAAUUACGGUACCAUGCAGGAGGGUGGGGGUCGUACUUCCUUGAGCAUGGUCAGCCAGCCGGGGGGUCGGCUCGUCACGAGGACGAGUGCCGGUACCAUUUCGAGCCAUUCGAGCCGCGAAAGAGAAUCGUACGUCCCGGGAGUGCGCGUCGACUUCGCGGUUACCGCCAUUCCGGCCCUCGGCGGUUACAUCCUCAAGUCCUACAUCAGAGUGAUCCGCCGCUGUGCUACGUGCAUGAUGGGGAUGAUGGGGGUUUUCAAGUGGCUCAGAAAGGAUACCUUGAAGAGGGAGCGGAACCGGUGGAGCUCGUCACUUGAGAGUCCCGGCCUUAAUAACGAAGCGUACAGAAAUGCGCUGCAGGCGUUCAUAGAACGACGACGUACUCCCAGCGGGUCGUCACUGAGCCCCGAGAAGCAGAAGAUAGACAUUUUCCUGAAAAACAUCAAAAACAAUCGUCGGGACUGUUACACCAUUCCGGGCGUUCCGCACGUACAAGCUCCGGAUGUCUUCGAGAUCGGUUGGGUCCCAGGCACAGAAGAUCGCUACCUCGAGCUUAUCUUCGCCGAGUGGCAGAAUACCCGAGUCUCUCUGAAGAGGCACACGCACCCGGAAUGCCAAGACGCCGUCAAAGCGGACCUCGAAGUCCUCACAGAGAUUCGUCAUCCAAACGUCUUGCUACUGAUGGCCACGACCCAGACGGAUGACCACGGACUCGUCGCCAUCUUCGAGUCUGUGGAUUGUACAUUGUACAAUUACAUGCACGAACAAGGGGAGCGGAUUUCUAUCCAAGGAGCUGCUAAAUGUGCUGGAAGACUUGCGGAUGCUCUAAGACACGCGCACAUGCGUGGUUAUAUCCACGGUGCGUUGAGCUCGCAUUGCGUAUAUCUGGCUUCCGGGAACGUCAAGCUUGGCGGCUGGGAACUUGCUAUCAACGAGGAUAACACGAGACCUGACCGCAUGUUUGAAGAACGUUUAAGAGCUGAAAUCUUCAAAUGGAAACCUCCUGACAUGUUCUCGGGACAGCCGCCAUCCAAAGCUAGUGACGUUUACGGAUUAGCUCUGCUGAUCUGGGAAAUGUGCACUGGUAAUAUACCCUGGAACAAUCUAACCGAGCCAGAAGUGGAAAGACAGUACGUCCAUUGGGAACGUGGUGUCAUUAUUGACUUGUAUAAUUUUCCACCAUUGCUCAAUAAUUUAUUGGAGGCAGGACUUCAGAUAGACGUGACGAAACGAACUUUAGAUAUGAACAGAAUGCGUAGAUUUCUACAAAGACUAGAGAUACAGUACGAAGACGAAGAACCGAUCUACAUCGAUGAUUUUACAAACAGUAAAAUUCACCAGGGGAAAAUAAUUAGUGCGCCCGUAUCGACUUCGCCGGUCACCAACGCUACUACUGUUCCAAAAUAUACGACUGCCGAAACUCCAAAAAGUUCAAAACCGAAAAGGCUUUUCGAUUCAGAUAAAAUCUACUAUAAUCGAACUGUACGAUCAGCCUCAAAGAAAGAUGUAUACGCGGAACGCGUUAACGUCUUCGAUGAUAAUAAGAAUCAAAAACAGAAACCCGCGGAUCAAGGUGGAAAAAAUACUAAUAUGUUCCUGGAAACGCAAAAAAACAAUAACGAGACACAUAUUCCUAAAUGUACAAUUGUCGAUCCAUUGAGGGAAGAAAAUGUGUAUACAAGAGUCAGCAGACAGUCGAGAUUUAUGGAUAAAUUAGGCAAAGCAGAAACCAAAGUGGAUGAACCGAAGCCUGUCGUUACUUCAGAAAAUAGUGCUUCAUGCUCAACGCAUACGGAAGACUCAACGGACGAUGAGUCGACUGACGAUGCCUACACGAAUUUGAAAAAAUUAAAAGAAGUUAUAGCUAGCAGAAGAGAAAACUUUUUUUACGGAAGCGACACUUCACAUGCCUCUGUUCCUGACAUAAGUCCGAAAACAAAAAGUAGAAUACUGACAAAAGCCAAAGGUCAAGAUUAUAAGCCACACAAACCAGCAAGCCAUUUUACUAGCUUGGAACCCAAAUUGAACAAAUCACCGCUCCAGUAUGAUCCAACGCUAAUUAAACCAGCAAGUCAUCAAAAUCAAAGAUCUCCAUACUCUAACGUACCAGCAAACAUCAGAGAUGCUGUUCUGCAACCUCAAGUCCUAAAUCCUGAUUCCCAAAGUUUCUUCGAGUCAUCAUUAUGGAGGAAAGAAAAAUCGAUAUGUUUAUCGAAAAUGGGAAAUGUAAAUCAUAAUCAACAUUUGACUAGUGACAAGGAAAAACCUGAAGGUCAAUUCGAAUCGCCAAAGAGUGACAAUACGUAUACCAUUCGAGGUGAAAAUGAAGGUAAUCGUACCAAAAUCAUCAUCAGGGGUUCGAGCCUUGAGAAACUAAAUCAUGAUUCUGAGGGUAGUUCCUCAGAGUAUUCUAUACCUCGAAGCAAAUCGUUACAAGCGCUUAAAGAUGCUUUAGAUCGAGCAACUGACAUUGUACGAUCAGUAACACCAAACACAGAAGAUUCAACAGAUUCCGAACAUUUUUCACCAGAAAAGACAUUUAGUCAUUCAGACCUUGCAUUGCACAAUACAGAUCUUAACGAGUCGAUAUUUGAAUAUUUAAACCAAUUAAAAUCUGGUAAUAAUGCAAUAGAUGAAGAAAUCAAAAGCAUCGAAAGAUCAACAGACACUGACAAAACCUAUUCAAUUGUCAACGAUGCGAAACGUGAAAAUGUUGAACAUGAAAAAAUGAGAACAAAUGAAAGUAAAUUUCAAUCAAAGUCUACUGCGCGUAGAAAAUAUACAUAUGUAUUGGUUGAUCCUGUAUAUAAUAACCCUUACGAAUCCAUCGUAGAAAACUCACUUUAUAAUUAUCCAACAACAAACUCAAGGACAAGUCCGGGAACAAACAUUUCCGAAAUGUCAGACAAAGUAGAACUUUCAAGUCAGAUGAUAGGUGAGAGUACUUUCAAUGCGGGUCUUCCAGUGGGAAAUGAAAAAUGUCAAAAAUCAGAAAAUGAGAAAAAUCAAGCAAAAGAAAAAAAUGGUGCGCCGAAUGUUACUUUGAUGCUUCUUGGUGAUAAAUCACGAGAUAAGGGAUGCAGAUCUUGCCGGCAUAAAAAUAUUUUAGCGAGGAGACGAUCGUUACCUGCCGCUUUGGGGCAUUUGAAACCAUUUGGUACUAACCUCUCACUUGGAAAGCUGCCCAUCCGCAGAGUGGAACUGCCAGACAGCACAGUGGAAGAUUUAUACAUUGACGAUGAAUUUGAUGACAGUUUAAAUGUCAAUAUGCUACUAUUAGGUGAAAGCCUACAACUUGACGAAGAUGACUUCUUACCUGAUUUAUUAGAACUAUCAGAGUCAUAUAUAUAUUCGUAACAAAUUGACUUUAUUGUAUUCAGUGUUCAACAUUAUUCUUCUUUUUAACAAGGCUGAAUUUUAAAUAAUGUUAAACUCUAAAAAUUUCAAUUUUAUGAAAACGUACUCGUUAAAAGUUAAGCUUUAAAGCUUAAGAAAGACGCCAUCAAGUUUAUGAUAACUUGAUUUCUUUUUUCUAUCGCCAUUUUUACUUUUAUAAAACGUUUUAAUUUAUGAGACCUAUGUCAUAUUUAAAAUCGAAUGACAAAGUGUGCAGUUUCAUUUGUAUUUUAUAACGAAGAUUACAUGCUCUUCGUUUUGCCCAUCUACUACACAAUAUUGUUCGUUAAAGAACUGCAGGAAUUAAAGUAUUAAGAUGCAGUAGCAGCAUUGUUCAUAUUAUGACUCCCGUUAUUACAAAAAAUGAAAAUGUUCUGUAAACUAAUUUUUGUCUAGAAAAAUAAUCAUUAUUUUAUAAGACAGAAAAGAAUCGUUAUUUUGUAAUAUUAUUAAGUCAACACAUUUUUAUUAAGAAGUUAUAACUGUAUUUCAAAUUAAAUGAUGACUGCAUUGAAAAUAUUUGUUUACAGAACUUUUCAUCUUUUAGUAACACUGCCCAACAUUUGAAAGUAUAAUGUAAAUGUGAUGAAAAAGAAGGUAACAUGUAACUAAUUUUUAUUUCUGACAAUCCUAUAAUUUAGUGGAAAAACGCAUUCUACUGCUGUGACAAUACAUAUGUGUCGACACCGAAUAGGAUUACUGUGCCUUCGUACUUACUUUAAUGUUUUACAUUUGUAUAUUAGUUAAGUAGAAUAGUGUCAACUUUACAAGUUUAAACAUAAUGUAAAUUCUACUGCUGUGACAAUACAUAUGUAUCGACACCAAAUAGGAUUACCAUACCUUCGUAUUUACUUUAAUCUUUUACGUUUGUAUAUUAGUUCAGCAGAAAAGUGUCAAUUUUUACAGGUUUAAACAUAGUGUAAAUGUACAUUAAAUCUGUUAUAUAUCAAUGUAUAAAAUCAUCUUUCAUAUAAAGACAUGAAAAAAAUAAAUACAAAUAUUUUGUUUCUUAAAA